CUCCUUAAGUCAAUGGUCAAUGUCUUCCAAAGAAUAUAACAAAGAACAGAGGCAGUUGAGGAAGGAAGCACUAGUCUGUCUCCACACUUGACACACAAUCUCAGCUGUGACUCUAAUCACCUCUCGUUCGCAGGACACAAUGGCCGGAGUUUUCUCCAACGCCUUGGAGAUGAUCAAGGAGUUAUCCACGCCUCACGCCAUUCAAUAUCUGGAACCCAUUUGGAGUGGAGUUGAUGAGCAGCUUCAAAAGCUCCAGUCCUCCUUACUGCUUAUCCAGCAGCUUAUUGAAGAUGCAGAGGCGAGGCAGUUGACGGACAAGGCUGUCAGGUGCUGGCUUGUGCUGAUCAAAGAUGCAGUCUAUGACGCUGAAGACAUUCUUGACGAGGCCCAGACGCGUGAACUAGUCAUCCAGCGCAAGGCAGAGCUUUCUGGUCGCCCAAGAAGCAAGGUGCGUGAACUCUUUUCUCUUGAUCAUAACCCACUCUUGUUUAAACUUCAGCUGGGGAAGAAGCUCAGAAAUGUCAAUACGAGAAUAAAUGGGCUCAUUGAGGAGAUGGACAAGUUCAAACUCAGGGUUGUUGAAAACAACAGCAAACCUUUGGGAAACAGGCCUCAAACCUACUCAUAUGUGCAUGAAUCACGAGGUAUUCUUGAUAGAGAUGAAGAUAAAGAGAAGUUAGUGCAGAUGCUAAUCCGUGAUAGUUUUGAUGAGAAAGUGGGUGUGGUUUCCAUAGUCGGCAUGGGUGGUCUGGGUAAGACAACCCUUGCUCAGUUGGUCUGCAGAGAUGAAGAAGUCCAGAAGCAUUUCCAACUGCAUAUAUGGGUAUGCGUUUCUGAUGAUUUUGAUGUGCCGAAGCUUGCUGGAAAGAUCAUAUGUACAGCUUCUGGGAAAAAGUGUGAUGAUACAAACAUGGAAGUGCUUCAACAGAGGCUGAGAAAAGAAUUGGGGCAGAAGAGAUAUUUGCUGGUAUUAGAUGAUGUAUGGAAUGAAGAUUUCCGAAAGUGGGAUGCUCUUAGAAACAUGUUGCUCGAUGGAGGAGAAGGAAGCAUAAUCCUUGUGACCACACGCAAUGAAAAAUGCUCCCGAGUGAUGGGUGCACAGAAACAUCAUAUUCUCAGCUGUUUAUCAAAAGAAAGCUCUUGGGUUUUAUUUGAACAGAAAGCAUUUGCUGUAGGUGCACCGAAAUCAGCGAAAUUGGUGGAGAUUGGUAAAAAGAUUGUUGAGAAAUGUCAAGGAUUACCACUUGCUAUAGAAGUAAUGGGGUGUAUCAUGCAUGACAAGAGCGAAGAAGGUGAAUGGCAGGCCGUGUUGGAAAACAAAAUAUGGAAUUUACAAGAUGCAGAAGAAUACAUCAAGCCAGAGCUGUGGCUAAGCUAUGUUGAUUUGCCUACUCAUUUAAAAAAAUGUUUUGCCUUUUGUGCCAUAUACCCAAAGGAUCAUGAAAUUGAGGAAGUGGAGCUGAUUCAGUUAUGGAUGGCUCAUGGGUUUAUUGCAUCUCAAAAGGGAAACGAUAUGGAAGUUAAAGGGCGAGAGAUUUUCAGGGAGUUGAUAAGGCGAUCUCUUUUACAAAGAAAGAUUUUCACGGAGUUUAGAAGCCGAUCUCUUUUACCAAUAAAGUAUUAUUCUUAUUCAAAUGAAAAGGGUAGAGUGUGUACGAUGCAUGAUCUCAUCCAUGAUCUGGCGCACUUUGUUAUGGAGAAUGAAUGCUUCACAUCGUUGAACAGCAGUGCAGCCCCCGAAAUCUCAACAAGGCCACGUCAUUUGAAUUUAUUGAUUGAUAAAAAUUAUAAUCAGGCUAAUUGCUCCACCAUCCAUACCGUGUUAUAUUGUCGCCGUGACUCAAAUGUGCUGUCAAGGCUGAAGUUUGUCAGAGUGCUCGACUUGAGAAGUACACGCAUUGAAGAGUUGCCUGCAUCAAUAGAGCAUUUGCACCAUCUAAGAUACCUCGAUCUUUCUCAUACUAAUAUAAGGAAACUACCGGAAACCAUUUGUAUGUUGGUUAAUCUGCAGACAUUGAAACUCGAUGGUUGUUAUGAAAUUUACAAGCUUCCCAAGAGCAUAACAUACAUGAACAAUCUUAGACACCUUAUUUUUGAUCCUCUACGUGUCAAGUCAUUACCUGCUGGUUUGAGUCAAUUACAGAACUUGAAAACAUUAACACGAUAUACUGUGGGAGAUGAUGCAGAGAACAACAUAGGACAAUUAAGGUCAUUGAAUCCCUUUGGUGAACUUGUUUUGGAUAACCUCGAGUGGGUGAAGAAUGCUGAUGAUGCUAUAAAAGCUGAUAUGGGUAACAAACAACUUAUUCAGACAUUAAUAUUAAGUUGGAUGAAAUUUGGUUUGGUAGAUGAUGAUGAAUAUUGUUUGAUGGAAAAUGGGGAGGAGUUGUUGGAAGCCUUGAAACCUCCCAGUGGAGUAAAAAAGCUUGCAGUUAGAUGUUAUCCAGGCAAACAAUUUCCAAUGUGGAUGGAAGAAAUGCAACAAUUCCAAUAUCUACAUCAUAUCGAACUAUCUGAAUGCAGAGAAUGCAAGCAACUCCCUCCACUUGAGAUAUUACCCAUUCUUGCGUAUCUGAGUAUCAGUGGCAUGGAUGGCAUCAAACAUAUUCUUAACAACAGCAGAGGCAAUGCGCUGCAAUCAUUCCCUGCAUUGAAGGAGUUGAUUUUAUAUGGAAUGAAGAACCUAGAGGGGUGGUGUCUGGAGGAGGGUAAAGAAGCAAAUCUGUCCUUGUUUCCGUGCCUCACUCGAAUGGAGAUUAUAACAUGCCCCAAGUUGACAACCAUGCCAUCCAUUCCAACUCUCCGAGACUUAUAUAUAGAUCAAUCAUUCUGUGAGACACAAAUCUCUCUCUUGUCCAAAGAAAGAAGGUUCUUCAAGCAUUUGGAAUCUCUUCAGAGUUUGACUAUAAAGUCUUGUCCUGACGAGUUGGUUUCGUUACUGGAAGAUGAAGAGGAGACAAGAACCAUGAAGUCAUCACUUAAGAACUUAAAUAUUGACAAUUGCAAUCAGCUAUCAUUGACAUUGGUUUUCCAGAACCUUCCAUCUCUAAUACAACUGAAGGUGCGGUCGCUUGAAAAGCUGGUGUCCUGGCCUGACGAGAUACAAAGUUUGAAGUUCCUCAAUGAUCUGGCAAUUAGUUCUUGUAGGUAUUUUACUGGUGUAUCAUCGCAGGGUGACUCUGGUCCACCGUUUCUGAAGAGCCUUCGUGUUUCUGGCAGUGAUGCCCUGAGAGAAUUACCCACUUGUCCCACAUCACUCCAGUAUUUGAGUAUUGUCCAGUGUCGAGGCAUGGAGUCUUUGGGGCCAGAAAUGGGACACCUUACUUCACUAUGCAAUUUACAAGUAUCUAAUUGUCCCAAGCUGGUGUCUCUACCUGAUGGGAUGCAAGCCCUCACUUCCUUUAAGUCUCUACGUAUUAUAGGUUGUCCGGCGCUGAAGUCAUUCCCAGAAGGCCUGCAACAACUUCUUCCUACUCUAAAAGCACUAAUAAUCAAAGGAUGCCCGGAGCUAGAGAGGUUAUGCAAGCCUGGAGGAGACUAUUACAACCUUCUCUCUACCAUCUCAGAUAAACAAAUAGGAGAAGAAUCAAAGCCAGAAGAGACAAUUCAAGUUCCUCAUGAUAUUAAUACUAGUGCCAAACAAGCUUUGAAGUGCAUCACCACAAAUCGGUUCCUUCUAUCAGUGAUUUUGAUUUGUGCUAUUGCAUGUUUCAUAAUUUUCCUUUUCAACCAACUUGAUAGCCAGAAUGACGAAGAGUUUUGGUUUAUUCCGCCAACAUGAAGACAAAAAGCACAGGGAGUCUGAAAUCAGAAUGAAAAGGAAGCAUAUCAUUUCCAAAUACUAGUUCAAUUAGCAAGUUUAAUUCUUGGUGUCCAAUUUGUGAAUAAUAUUUAUAUGUUCUUUAUAUUAUUUCUUGGAGAUGAAUCAAUAGUCCAACGAAAGCACCCAAAAUCUCAAUGGG